AUGAGUUAUCCAGUAAUUGUGAGAAUGCUUUUGCAAUCUGGGAGAAUGACAGAUGAAAAAUUGGAAUGCAUUAGAAAAAAGUGGCAAGAAUCAAUUAAGAAAAUGAAUCAACGCAGCACUAGUAUUAAGAAUGAAAAACAAGUACUGUUGAAUAUUAUCAAAAAGAUUAUCAAAGACAGAUUGGAUAUAUUAAAAUUCUUUAAAAAUGAAUUGAAAAGUGCACAACUAGGAGAUGGGAAAAUGAGACCAGCAGUUGAAUUGGUCAAGGAAACACAGGACAUUAUUGAAAAAUUGAAAACUUUUGAAGAAUUAUCGUUGAGCUAUCCAAGUUCUAAUUACUUUCAUGAAUCGUUUAAUAAUUAUAUAAUAGAACAACAGGAAGCUUACGAACCAAUUGAGUUGGAUAAUAUUAUUUCCAUACGAGGUUAG